AACUACGACCCAUCGGUACAUCACUAAAAGCGCGCGGACGAGGAGCUCAGUUUGUAUCGCGAUACUGUCGAGGUUGGGCGUGUUGUUUUGUGUAUAUCCGCACCUCGGUCACUACGAAACUAUGGCUACAAAGGAUCCCGUAAUUUGCAAUAGCUGCAAUGGAGCCAUUCAAGGCAGAAUAGUCACGGCGCUCAACAAGAAAUGGCACCCGGAACACUUCACUUGCAACUCGUGCCGCAAGCCGAUAGAGGGCGCCAAGUUCCACCAGCACGACGGCGGCGUGCACUGCGUGCCGUGCUACACCAAGUUCCACAGCCCGAGGUGUCACGGCUGCGGGGACCCGAUCACCGACGUGAGUAACUAUCUAUGGAUCCCCGUUUAUAGCGGAGAGUGCUUUUACGCGUGCUACUACUGUGUUUCGUUCGGUGAGUGGGGGAGCCGGAGACCAUUCCUAUAUUCCCGUAGUCAAUUCUUUUCUUAUCCUUAACCCUUUAAAAAUGGG